AUGAAGCGCAUCUUCUCCUGCUCCAGCUCACAGGUGGCGGUGGAGAGAUGGAACCGCCGUGAUCAGAAGCUGCUGGAGGCAGUGCAGCGGGGAGACGUGGGGUGCGUGGCUGCCCUGGCCUCCAGGAAGUCAGCCCGACCCACCAAGCUAGACUCGAACGGCCUGUCCCCGUUUCAUCUGGCGGCCACCAAAGGCCUGACAGAGUGUCUGACUAUACUGCUUGCAAAUGGGGCGGACAUCAACAGCAAGAAUGAGGACGGAAGCACCGCCCUGCACUUGGCCACCAUCUCCUGCCAGCCACAGUGUGUCAAGGUCCUGCUGCAGCAUGGUGCCAAUGAAGAUGCUGUGGAUGCAGAAAACCGUAGUCCAUUGCACUGGGCAGCCUCCUCUGGCUGUGCCUCAAGUGUUUUCCUGCUGUGUGACCAUGAAGCCUUCCUGGACGUUCUGGAUAAUGAUGGUCGGACACCCCUGAUGAUCGCAUCGCUGGGUGGUCAUGCAGCUAUCUGCUCUCAACUGUUGCAGAGAGGUGCCCGAGUUAAUGUCACAGACAAGGACGACAAAUCGGCUCUGAUCCUGGCCUGUGAGAAAGGCAGUGCCGAAGUGGCUGAGCUGCUCCUGAGCCACGGAGCAGAUGUGGGGGCAGUGGACAGUACAGGACAUGAUGCCUUGCAUUAUGCUCUGCGCACGCAAGACAAGGCACUGUGGAGGCUGCUACAGCAGGCCAUGAACCGGCGGCAGUGGGGAGGUCAGGGGCUAGUUCAACACCCAUAUCUUGCAUCCCGGGCCUCUCCAUCUGAGCCCCAGGUGGGCUCUCCACCUAACAGCCCAUGGAGAGCAGAGCCCGAGGAGGAGCAGAAAGAAGAGGAGGAUGAAGAUCCGUGUUCAGACGAGUGGAGGUGGAAGUAUGAAGAAGAGCAGAGGAAAGUUUCUCAGUUGGAGCAGGAGCUGGUACAAAAGACAGAAGAGUGUAAGGCUCAAGCUGCAGCCUACCUGGGUCUGGAGAACCAGAUUCGAGAGCAGGUGCAGGAGCUGGGGCUCUUCUUUUCUCAAGAGCCUGGAACCCCAGGAGGGCAAAGCUCUAGUCUCUGGGCUAGGGGGGAUGGCAUGGAGCAGGGAUGUCCCCUAGACCUGCUGGCUGACUGCAUACAAGAGCUAAAGAAGCAACAGCAGGUAGCCACAGCAAACCCAAAAUUAACUCCCAAGAAGACCCAGGAUUCAGACCCAGGAGAUAUUCAGUAUGAAGCCCAUGGAAGGUCUCAACCAGAAGAACAGGGGCCACCACAGAGCCCAAGGUCUGAGACCAUUGGGAAGGACACAGGACAGCAAGUAACCACCAGUGGGGGACAGGCCCUUGAUCCCAAUCAGACUGACCAACUGCGUGCUUAGCACAAGGAGAGGCCCCAGACCCCAGGGGCUGAACCGGUAGGCGCAGUGUCCGAACUAGUGGGCCCAGCAGCCAUGAACCAGCUCCUGCUACAACUAAGGGAGGAGCUAGCUGUGGUGUGGCGAGAAAAGGAUGCUGCCCGGGGGACUUUGUCCAGAUCAGUCCUGGAGGGAGCUCUGGGGACUUCCCAGGCUGAAGCUGCAGCAGCUGCCUGGGAGAAGAUGGAGGCCAGGUUGGAGCAGGUGCUGGUGAGGCUGGAUAGAGCAAAGGCAGGGCUACAGGUGAAGCUGGAGGCUCCAGCCAAGGAGCCCAGAGAUGGGGUCCCAAAGGCAACCCCAGGGACCAUCACCAAAGAGGAUAAAGGGAAGGAGAAAAAAGCCCCUGGGGGCUGGAGAGAGCCUCUAGGAGCCCCUGGAGGGGAGCAGGCCCCAGAAGGAGGCCUGCCAAAGGGACAGCUGGAGAAGGAGGUGUCAGCACUGCGACUGAGCAACAGUAACUUGCUGGAGGAACUAGGGGAGCUGGGGCAAGAGCGGCAGCAGUUGCAGGGCGAGCUGCAGUCCCUGAGCCAGCGGGUACAGCGGGAGUUUGUGCCCAAGCCAGAGGCACAAGUCCAGCUACUACAGUUGCAGCAGAGUGUGGGGCUGCUGAUGGAUGAACUGGCCAUGGAGAAGGAGGCCACAGAGAAGCUGCGGAAGCGGCUGGUCUCCCAGAGCAGUGGCCUUCGAGGGCUGUGGGACUGCCUGCCCCCAGAGCUAGUGGGCAAGGGGAGUGCCCAGAGCACAGCAGCGGAGCCCCUGGAGGAGCUGCAGGCCUGCAUCAGCACCCUGGUGGAUAGGCACCGCCAGGCCCAGCAGGUGCUGGUUCAGCUGGAGGAGGAAAACCAGCAGCUGCGAGAGACCACGGUCCUACGUGGGGAAACAGAGACCUCAAAGGUCCCAGCAUCCCCCCCAGUGGCUGCUCUGGAGCAAAACCUGGAGAAGCUGGAGGAGGAACUGCGGGCCGUUCACUCCACAAUUAGCGGGAAGAGCCAGGAGAUCGGGAAGCUGAAGCAGCUGCUCUACCAGGCCACCGAGGAGGUGGCUGAGCUGAGGGCGCGGGAGGCGGCCAGCCUGCGGCAGCAUGAGAAGACUCAGGACUCACUAGUGGCCCAGGCCCAGGCGUGGGGCCAGGAGCUAAAGGCCCUGCUGGAAAAGUAUAACACCGCCUGCCGGGAAAUGACUCAGCUCCAGGAGGCAGUGGUGGAGGAGCGCCGCAAGAGAGGGGAUCUGGCUGCGCGGGCCGCGGACCAGGAGCAGGAGCGUCAGGUCAGCGAGAUGCGCAGGCGCUCUCAGAAGUUUGAGAAGACAGCCGAGCUGCUGAAGGAGAAGAUAGAGCAUCUCAUUGGGGCUUGCCGGGACAAGGAGGCCAAGAUCAAGGAAUUGUUGAAGAAGCUGGAGCAGCUUUCAGAGGAGGUCCUAGCAGUUAGGGGAGAAAAUGCUCACCUUGCCCUACAGCUGCAGGAUUCCCAGAAGAACCACGAAGAGAUCAUUUCCACCUACAGGAAUUAUCUGCUGAAUGCUGCUCGGGGCUACAUGGAACAGGAUGUGUAUAAUAUCCUACUUCGAAUUCUCAGCAUGCAGGAUGAGUAAGGCAGCCUGGGCCCUGCGGGAUACGGGAGUUCUCUGUUGCAACAAGAGCAUCCCUGUUUGCCAGAGGCUCUAUCAGGCUGUGGUGGGUGGUACACUGCCACUAGCUGUGGUGUGGGCAAGGCUUCACCUGACAUUAAGGAGCCGGGACCUGAGAACCUGGACUCUGGAAUCAGCAUGGAUGGGACCAGAGGAGAUGGAGAUGGAAGAUAUUUGGAACAUAAAGCAGGAGGCAGGGUGGUCCUGGGUGUCAUUGUUUUGUUUUGUUUUAUCUUGAGAGGAGGGGCGAGAAGGAACCUUUUUCUUCUUUUUUUUUUAAUCACAAAUGGUCCCAUAAGUUAGCAGUUUUCAAACGCUGAUUAUGAUCCAUAGUAAAAAAUACAUUUUACAUCCUAUGUAUACAUAUCUGAAUAAUUACCCUAUUUCUAUUCUACAAAAAAAAAAAAAAAUUGUUGCUCAAAAUCCAUCCACUAGAGAAGACUCAGUUUGAAAAACACAGACCUCAGUGAAAAUGUGAAUUGACACUCUUUCGCAAAUCUUUCUCUUACAGACACAACUCGAAUCUUUUUUUUCUAUCUUGGGACUCCUGGGUCCAUGAGCUUUUUUAAGGAUAAGGAGAAAUUGAGAGACCUGGAUUUUCUUCAAGAUGUACAAUCUAAAAUAU